CUUAUCUCUUUAAUCUCAAGCAACCACGAAUGCUCUGCUACCACUUUGUGGGGGAAAUAAUGCUGUUGACGACUUUAUAUGCAUAUUUAUAUUUAUAUAUAUAUUUAAUAAACGUAAUUUGAAUUUUAAAGUUUAAUGCUUACAAACGACACACUCCACGGACAUCUUUCACACACCGGUUCAUUCCCCUUUUUUUUUCCACUUCAGCCAACCCAAAAAAUAUCUCUCACCAAUUUCACUCACUCUACACUCUUACCAACCUCAUUCAUACACCAGUCGUACCAACCUAUUGUAAAAACCAACCUCACAAGGAAAGUAUGUUUUCCAACUCAAGGAUAAACAGAGAUAGGCCAUUAAUUCAUAUCAUCAAACUUAUUGAGGAGCAUACUCUACUUUUGAACAGACUUCCAAAUCUUUUGCCCAACACAACAACAUACUCUUCUCAGCUCGACACAAUGCUCAACAAUUACUUAGGACACAAAAUAAUUUACACGGACGAGUCCAAGUCGGAUGAAUUUCCAGCUGUAGGUGCAGCGUGUGUCAUUCCGGAAAACAACUUUGUUGAUAGAACGACCAUUCCUAAGCAGACCUCAGUGUUUACGGGUUACUUAAGGAAGAAUCACCAGUCUAUGUGGAUUCCAUCACAUAAGGAUAUUCCAGGUAAUAAGUUGGCAGACAGAGAGGCUAAAAGAGCAGCACAAUCCGAAGUUAAGGAGAUUUUUAGUGUCCCUUGCACAGACAUUUUCCCAUUGUUAAAACAAAAGAUUGUGGAAAGAGCACAAAAUGAGCUGGUAAGUCAAGCCAGACAGAAAGAAGCGGUAUAUUUUAACAACUACUACUAAGUGAAUAAUUCCAAGCCUUGGUUCUAUAACAAAAAUCUUUCAAGACACUUAACAGUUUGGAUCAACAGAGCAAGAUCAAAUCAUUUUAAUCUGAAAGUAUCGUUGAGGAAGAUCAAUGUUGUGCAGGACACUAAGUGUCAAUGUGGACACCCUAUUGAGGAUAUUGCCCAUGUGCUGUGGGAUUGCACUUUUACUCAACAGCACAGGAAAGAGAUGUUGCAAAGAUUAAAGUCCUGCAAGCUUUCUUUACCAUACAAGAUAAGAAAUUUCUUAAUUAAACCUAACAUUACAGUUUUGAAAAUUAUAGAUGGAUUCUUUAUUAAAAAUAAUCUAAGACUGUAAUUGUACAAAUAGUAAUAUACAGAUUUACUUUGUUUAGGUACACUUUCGUGAGCAAAUAUAGUUAAGUAGGACAACGAUUAAUAUUAGUAUGUACAUAGAUAUGCAAUAUUUUAUAGUUUUAUAAUUUUUGUUAUUCUGUCAAAAGAAUUUAUAUUUGUAUUUAAUAAAGAUAAACACAUAUAGGUCCGGAUUGGAUCUGAAGUGCAUUUCAAUAAAAAAAAAGUGUGGUGUUUGACCUCUGAUAAAAUGUCACAGGCUAGUCUGGUCUGCUACUCUGACCUAUGGAGUACUAGAAUACUGAUCUACUCGACAAGGUCGAUCUGAGUCUUUCUGUACUAUUCGCGUCGCGAAUAAUAAGUUAGAAUCAGGCAUCCGGUACCGAAGGAAGUCUUGAGCCCCGAUACGGUCCUCUUGACAAACUCUUAGGUGUCUCAACCUGGUUUUGACUUCGUGCGUGUCUUCACCGGACCAACUCCCCCGAUUUAUCCGUUGGGUGUAAAAUGUGCUGUGACGGUCCUCAAUCGUACUUUCCUCCGAUAAAUUGACUCCAUCAGCAAAUUCUUUCUACUUAGGAAAUUCAAUUUCUUUUUCACGCGUCAUUGGGUGUUAUAGUAUAUUGAAAUUCAUUAAAAUUAAUAUAAAACAUAUUUUCGUGCAUGACGGAAUAAGCAUUUGGGAAAGGAUUUCUGGAGAAAUUAGCGUAUUAUACUUGUUUCUUCAAUACCGUGACCAUUCGGUAUUUUACGAGCGGAUUCUGUGUUGCGAUAAAUAAAGCUCUGCUACAUUAUUUCGAAAUCUAAAUAACUGUAAAAAUUUGACGAAAUAUAUCUAUUAGUGUUUGU